AUGGUUACGCAGGGCAAAAGAAAGAGGUUAGCUAAGGCUACAGUUAGUUCGGAUGCAGAAAACUCCAGGGAAACACAGCGCCCAAGCAAUGAACUAUGUGGAUGGGAUGUCUAUAAUGCUGGAGCAGAGCCACCCGUCAUCGACGAUGCCGUUGCUGAAGACCCAGAAGCUGCCAGAGUGGAACGGGAGUUAUGGGUUUACUUACCCUUUACAGACCAAGAAUUGACGGAUACCACGCUGACCAGCGAGGAGGUCGUAAGGAUGGUAGAACGCGGCUAUCCCGCCCUUGCAACCAGUGCCAUGGCGGACUUCUACCAGUCAGCUCGUGACCACCUGCCUAAAUCGCCGCCGCUCACCAUCUCAGUGCGCGAGGAGUAUCCGACGACAUGGCCAACUACAAACACAGCAAUGGAUAGCUACUGGGGCCAAGCUACCGAUGCGGAGAAAGCUCUUCACCCUCCUGACCACCAGGUUGACUCUACAGACGACUUUGCAUGGCUUGAUAUGUCAGAGAGGUUUUCAGUCAAACCCUGUGGAAGCCCCGACGACUCUCUCAUGCCAAAAUGCGAGGGGGAUGAUUCACAAGAGCAGCAUAACUCGCAGGAGGAGGGUGACUCGCAGAAGGACCGCCGCAAGAGACCUAGGAAGCAGGGUCGGGUCAGAAGUCACCAGCCUCUCAAUGUCCAGACGGCUGCCCAAAAGACAACAUCAGUGGAGCAGGACGAGUGUGAUGUGAGCUACACAAAAGAUGACGACUUCAAAGACGAUACCGAUCCGCAGACCGUCGCCGAUGAGCGACGUGCAUGGUCACCUAUUUACGUCCCUUUCUCCGGCGAUGCCUUAUUGGACAUCACCCUGACUAGCGACGACGUUGUGCGCAUGUUUGAGACCGCAUACCCUAUACUCUCAACAUCCAACCACAGGAUUAGAACCUUUUGGGACUCGGUCAAUCAGCACCUCCAGAGCUCACCAGCGUUCCGCAUACCUGUCCGAGAGGUCGAUCCACACACUUGGCCUCUGACAGACCCUGUCGUUGACGGGCUAUGGGGAGAUGUAACCGCCGCAGAAGAAGCUGGUCCCUGGGGGGACAGCUCCAUGUCCCUUCUUCGCCAACUGCCAGCCGACGUCCGCGAGUUCUGGGACUCCGCUGCCCACGUCUUUAUCCGUCUGUCGAACUCCAAAGUUGCCCUGAUUGUCGGGAACGUGGCAAUCCGUUCGUACACUUUGUAUCUCAAGUUAAUGGCCAUCCCGCAUACCACUUUCUGGGUCUUCGGGAAAAAGCGCUACGCCUCUGAGAUCCCACUGGCCUGGCUAGAGGCCUCGGCCAACGGUCGUGUCAUCAAUCGCAUCAGUUUCGCCAUCAACCACCCAGAAGCUUUCAACAGGAAUCGUGGAUCAGUAGUGACUGACAUACAACGCCAGUACGCUUUCAGGGAGAGGAUCAUCGACUUUUGCCAAGCGAAGAUGUUCGGACGCAUCCAUCUGCCCGGCUUUCUGUCUACUACUUCCUACGUGUUUCAGUUAUCAACUGGCAGCAUACUCCCAGUCAAAGCUCUCUUCGAACGCAGCAAAGGAAACGACACGAUCAAGGAACACUUCAGCCGGCCAACUCUCGACACUAGCUCUUUAGACAAGACCAUGGAGAGGAUUGCUGGCCUCAGCGUCGAACAGCAGUUGGCUAUCAAGGCCAUCCGGAAAUCAGUGAACGUAAAGCUGGCUGAUGCGCUAAGCUAUUGGAAUCGCGCCGAUAUCAAGCUUGAGUAUGCCGGAUACAUUGUGACCUACAUUCUGUUGACCACUACGUGGCGGAACCGAAAGGCGUCAACGGUGUCGAGGACCAGAGCGACUGCUGACCAGCAACCACCGGAGAUACAGGAGGAAGAAAGGCUUCGGCACAACGCUCGGCAGGUCGCCCGCCGCAACGCAAAAAGCGGUAUUGACUAUAUUGCGAAGGCACCUCAUACCCGAGAAAAACUGAACAGGCUCUAG